GUGUGCGUAGUGCGCAAAGUAGCUGUCAAAACCAUUUGAACUGUAGGGAAGCGAGUGCGAAUUUCCUGAAAAUGUUAUUAAAAAAAUAAUUCGUUAGGCUAGAGUUAUGUAUGCCCAUACGAAAUCGUAUGAAGAUAUAUUAUCUUGUUGUAUAACAAGUAGUACUUACGUUUACAACAGACACCAUGGUUCAGUGUCAUCCGCCGUUGGAAUUAGAGGAAUUGCCAAAAGAAGACGAAGAAAGAUUAGAAAAAUUGUUUUCUAAAUUAGACAACGAUGGAAAUGGCAAGAUUGACAUCCAUGAUCUGUCCGUCGCACUCAAGGAGCUGGCUCCUCACAUUAAUCGAAGCUAUGCAGAGAAAUUCUUGGCGAAAUCCGGUGGGAAAGAUGCCGGUGACAUCACAUUAUCCGAGUUUAUACAUUACGUGCGGGAACACGAGAAGAAUCUCAGACUGCAGUUUUCGCAUUUGGACAAGAACAAAGAUGGAAAAGUUGAUCUGGAAGAACUUAUAUCGGCGUUUGCCGAUUUGGGCAUUGCGAUCGGAAGGAACGAGGCGACUAAUUUAUUAAAAAGAAAAGCAGUGUGGCCAAAUUUCUGGUGGAUGGACCAAGAUGGCAGUCUAAAUAUAAGCUACGACGAAUGGCGGGACUACCUCUUGCUGGCGCCGGCGACCGACAUCCAUGCCCUCAUACAUUUCUGGAGACAUUCUACGUACCUCGAUAUCGGGGAGGAUAUGAACGUCCCUGAUGACUUCACCCAAAGCGAGUUACAAACUGGCAAGUGGUGGCGUCAUCUGCUAGCAGGAGGUAUCGCCGGCGCCGUCAGCCGCACCUGUACUGCACCGCUCGAUCGUCUCAAGGUAUUUCUGCAGGUAAAUCCCACCAGAGAAAACAUGAGUAAAUGCUUAGCAAAAAUGAUAAGCGAAGGUGGCAUAAGCGGCCUCUGGCGAGGAAACGGAAUUAAUGUAAUCAAAAUUGCCCCGGAGUCAGCUUUAAAAUUCGCCGCUUACGAACAAGUAAAGCGCCUGAUAAAAGGUGAACGCAAGAACCAACCUCUAGAAAUACAUGAGCGUUUCUUAGCGGGCGCGACCGCCGGAGCUAUCAGUCAAACUGUGAUCUACCCACUAGAGGUGCUAAAGACAAGGUUAGCUUUAAGAAAAACCGGCCAAUACAAAGGCAUCGUGGAUGCGGCCAAAAAGAUUUAUGCUAGAGAAGGAUUGAUGUGUUUCUACAAGGGUUACAUUCCAAAUAUCCUGGGCAUCGUGCCUUACGCAGGCAUAGAUCUAGCUGUAUACGAAACUCUGAAGAAGAAAUACAUUAGCAAAUACCAAGCUCACAACGGGCAGCCGGGGAUGCUGUUAUUGCUCGCGUGCGGCAGCGCUUCCUGCACACUGGGACAGGUGUGUUCGUACCCGCUUGCACUUGUCCGAACGAGAUUGCAGGCCCAAGAGAAAGCCGCCAAGGGAGCAGAGGGUACGAUGCGAGGGGUGUUCAGCGAGAUAGUGCAACGGGAGGGCGUCCGUGGGCUCUACCGGGGCAUCACGCCCAACUUCAUCAAGGUGAUACCGGCCGUGUCAAUAUCGUACGUGGUAUACGAGUACGCGAGCCGAUCCCUCGGCGUGAACAUGACGUGAUCGCAUGGUCGCGACGCGCUCGCCAAGUCCGUGCACGGCUGCGCUGUGACCGCGCCCGGCCGCCACCGGACCGGCGCACAGCGCUCAGCUCAAACUCACAUCACAUUCUGUUUUAAGUAUGUUAGCUAAUUUUGCAUUUGGUCGUUACUAGCUCUUGUGGAAUUUGAUUGUAUUAUUUCAUGAAUUUAUUCCAUUUUACAAUAUUUUAAUAAUUGACAAAUCACACAUUGACAGACUAAUUUUAAGCUAUUUAUUCUAUAUGAUUGCGAGUUGUUUGCAUUUGUUAAUAAUUCUGAAUAUGAUUGAUUUGUAUAGUGUUGACUACGCUGGCGUUUUCGCCAGUUGUAAAUUCAUUUUAAUUUGUCUGUGAUUGCAAUAAAUUAUGUAUUUUUUUUUAA